UAUCUUGUAACUGCGCCACUACAAACUAUAGACAUGUUAUCGCAGAUUGAGAAUGGAAUCUCACUGCGGCAGAAUGUAGCCGGCGGUCUAGUAUCCCGGUUGCGAAACGGAUGCACAGCGCGCAGAAUUUCUAAAUGACUCCACUCUAGUCUUUUAGGUCUCAAUCACGGUGGAUAGUGUAUUUAAAAAUCAGCACUCUUCCUUGUUUUCUUUUUUCAUCCUGACCACUUUCUUGAAUCUUAGUCUUCUACUAUGUCAUUGCCACCGCCGUCCUACGAUUCGUUUGACUAUCCGAUACCGGAUUAUUCUUCCGAGCCUAGGGCAAACGAGGAGAGACUCGUGUACCAGCAAAUACGCCAGUCGCAAGGCUCCGACACACGUCCAACUGGUGUCUUUGUCUCCCAGGAAGAGGGGAUCACUGUCGUUAUUAAUUACCAAGAAGACAAAACCCCUACUCCAGUCUUCGGUCGAAAAUCAAAUAUCGAAGGUACUCUACUAGUAGACGCACCUGAGUCUGUGUCAGAAGUCACCGUGAAGCUCACAGGUGUUAUAGAAACCGUCUCUCCCUCCACAGGAUGGUUAUCAGUGAAUAUCAUCGACCAAGCGCAUACGAUUUUUAAUUCGGGCGAUGACAUGCCAUCUCAGUCAAUUUGUCCAAGCUCUUUGCCGUUCUCAUGUCCGAUACCCAGCACCUUCCGGUAUAACGGCCAAGAAUAUCUUCUACCCCCCUCGUAUUAUGUACUAUUAGGAGAACAAAGGCAAGCAUACUAUGCGAAAUGUACAUACCAAUUUUCUGCGGAGAUUAUCAAGGCAAGGUCGCGUCGUACAGCCUUUCUAGGCAAAAGUAGAAAGCAUAAUACAUUUGUGCUCGAAAAUUCGCCUCGUUUACGUCCUCCUCGGCCUGUGAUAGAGCUUUCAUUAUUGACGACCAUCAAAGAACGUCCUGAGGAGUGGCGUCGGUUUUCGUACCAGAUAGUCCCGGGCCCCAAAUCUGGAAAAUAUCAUUCGGAGUCGCUGACAUGCCAGUUUUUUCUCCCAUCCGUUGGUAUAUUCGACAUCAGGGAUGCAAUCCCCUUCCAUGUUCAGAUUGUUGGAUCGAACAAUGGCUCCCUCGCCAAAUUGCAGUCAGUGUUACGCACGGAUAAACUCUUAUUCCGGGUUCAUUUAUUGAGGCAGGUGGCGAUCAAUAAGAACGGGAACAAGAGCGCAGUGCAUUUCCCUCUUGGAGAGGCAAAGCUUUCCCCGAUGCCUCCUGUUGAAGGUGCGCUAUCGUUGCCUGGUCAAGGGAAUCAACCAGGACAAAAACAAGAAAAUAUGAAUUGGGAAGGAAAAAUUCGUUGCGAACUUGAGGAGAAGCUCACCCCGAGUUUCAAUGCUGGGAUCGUCGCUAUCACGGAUUUUAUUGUUUUGGAGUUGUCCAAAUCGUACACAGGCCUUUUUAAACCGUUCAACCACGGGCAUCCUGUCAGACUGGUAUCAGAUGCAUAAUGAUGGAGAGAAAUACCGCUAGCAUGAUGCAACAGCGCAGAUAAAUAUUAUACUAUCUGCGAUGAUACGGACAGUCAAUUAUAUCACUCGAAAUCACUAUA